UCGGUAGCAAUGUAUCUAACACUAAUCCUAAAACAAAUUACAUCUUUUUUUUCUCUCUUUUUGUUUUAUAUAUAUUUUUAUAGUUAUCGUUCGAUACAGCGCACGAUUGAACGUCUUCUAAAGGGGAUAUAUAUAUAUAUAUGUUCCCCUUCUUCUAUCUCCUCACUCCUCAGCCUCUGGGACAAAAAGAGAAAAGAAAAACUGAAGAGCCUUCUCCACUUCUUAGCUUUAAUCUAAUCGAAAAAUCCUCCAAAAGAAGGGGAAGAUUCCUGUUUCUUUCUCCUCUUUUUGGGUGCAUAAUGACAGGGUUUUGGUUUCACCAUUUUUGGCUGCCUCGCUUUCCAAUCAUGGGUCGUGGCCUGAGAGUUAUGAGAGCUAGUUUGUCAAGGACGCGAAGGGUUAAUGGACGUGUGAUGCGAUCGCUGAGAGAUUCGCAAGUUGCAGCUUCAGAGAUGGUGCGGCAGAAUAGGAGGACCAGGGCAAAGCUGGAGCUGAUUUUUGUAGCCAAUACACUUGCUAAUCAAUGGGUUUAUGAUCGUCUUGUUGAGAUUGAGAACGACCCGUUGAUGAGGAACGCUUUCGAAAGGACUCGGAACCUGGGUGGGACUGAGAGGAACAGUCUUAACAUGAACCGAGCUCGAGCUUUUAGAGGGAGGCGGCGCCACCCUUGAUCACCGUGGGUUGUAACUCUGGAGGUGGUGGUGGAGCAUGAGGUUUUAUGGGUUCCCUUUUUUCUGCCCAUAACCUUACCCCUCGCUAAGAUACUCUGUUUUUCAUUUUACGUUCAUGUGUUUUUGUUUAAAUUUGUAAGAGAGAUAAUGCCAUGAUAAAGUGAAGAGAAGAGAAGAGGGGCAGGCAGAUCGUGGGUUACGGCAUAUUAAAUCUCAAUGUUUUGCUGUUAAUUACUGGAUAAACUUUAGUUUACUUUUUUUUUUCUGAUGCUGUGGUUUAUGGUAACUUAGCUAAUUAAUUA